AGCUUUCAUCCCACUCCCAAUGAUUAUGAAGACGAAGACAUGGUGACGAUUUUCUCCUCCAAGAAGGAACCGGAACAACCACAAACCAGUUGCGAUACGUUGACCACGUCCGCAAGCACGGAGCGAGGGCAUCAAUAAUCUCGCAACAGCAGAUGGAUGGGGCGAGGCGUUGACGAUCUUCUAGCACAUGGAAGUGACACUUGAGCAACUUUGUACACUAAUAAUAAUGCAUUUCAUAGUUUCAAUGAAGGUGAACUGAAGGAGCUACUGGAGGUUGCAAGGUUCCACAAGAUCUGGUACCGGUACUGGCCAAGAUGGUGCAGAUGUUUUGGUUCGUGAUGUGUACUUUUGUGAGGUUGUUUUUCGUCAUCACCCGUGGAAAGACGCCUAUAACUAUGGGGACAACUUUGGUGCCUAUGAUUACGCACUUUAGUAAUAAGUGCUAAGCAAUACCAAUACUCUACCGGUAGCUAGCAAGAUCCACGUUACGUCUGGACUGUGAGGAAGCCGCCUCCUGAUCCUCUGAUAUUUCUGACAUGAGUCUGCCUCCCAAGAAACCAAAGUAGUGGGAACCCAGCAAGCAAUGCAAACUACUCGUACUAGUAUCAUGACAGCACGCACCAACGUACACCAACCUGCAUGUUGUACCAUGGCAGGCAGGCUUGAUUGCUAACAGUGUAGAUGAAGGCGGAGGUGGAGGUGCAGCGCAGUUUAGCCACUAGAAAGGCAAGAGGUGCAGGAAAGUACAUGGGUACGAACCACCACUAAAAGAUCCUGCUGAUCUCAUUCAUUCUGGUGCCAUUCAAGACAAGAUCGUCUCAUUCAUUCUGAUGCCAUUUCAAGACAAUACCCAACCCGAUCAGCCAUGCAGGGAAGCGGCAAAACAAAAACCUGGACUGUGGAAGUGCCUUAAAAAAUGGAUAUCGUGGCCAGCUCGAGCCUUCCCCCGGUGUUUUCGACCGUUUCAACGCAAAAUUUUAUGACGGUUAAGAGUCUCCUCAGCAGUAUCAAGCAAUCUUUAGAUGUAUAUGUUUCAAUUGUACCGCUAAGGAUAGCGAACGAAGGAUGAGGAACCAUUCCGAACUCCGAUUUUUCGAUUGGCCUCGCGUUUGCUUUUCGAAGAUCCACAUUGGCUUGCGCUGGGUGUUCGAAGCAAUGCCACCAAGAUCCACGAACGAGUGACUGAAGCGACUGAUCGACCGGCAAGCAAGCAAGAGACAAGCAAGGCAUUGAGCGGCCAACAACAACAACCAGCAGAGACGAAACGCCGACAACACAAACAGUACAACAAGACAUACAUAAGCAAGCAAGUGAUAGACAAGCAGAGUCGCCUCUGAGUGACAACAACAGGAAAUAGGCAAGAUGGCAGCUGUUCCUCUCAUCUUCAAUGAAGCUCUCAAUCUUCAACAACUGGGAAUUCCCGAGGCAUCCAUCAAGCAUGGACUGACUACGAUGGAGUCCGACAAGUGGAUUGUCUGUGUGGAACCAUCCCAGGUCACCAUGGUCGAUUUGCAGAAUGGAGCCCAGGUCACCCGUCGUCCCAUUCAGGCUGAAGCGGCCAUCAUGAACCCUUCCCAAAAUAUCUUGGCUCUUAGAUCUGGAACCACCCUCCAAAUUUUCAAUCUAGAUGCCAAAGCAAAGGUCAAGGCACACAACAUGCCCGAACCAUUGGUCUUUUGGAAGUGGACUUCCACUGUCAAUCUAGCUCUCGUCACGGCCACUGCCGUUUACCACUGGAGAUUGGAUGAUCAGUCACCUCCCGCAAAGGUCUUUGACAGACACGCCACUCUUGGAGCCAACACCCAAAUCAUCAACUACCGUGUCUCACCCGACCAAAAAUGGUGUGUCCUGGGAGGAAUCUCCGCCGGUGCUGGUGGCGCCGUCAAUGGAAACAUGCAGCUCUACAACAUUGACAAGAAACUAUCACAGCCGCUUCAGGGACAUGCUGCCGCCUUUUGCACCAUCAAGGUCCCCGGACGAGAUGACCCCGCUCAUUGCAUUGUGUUCCACGAAAAGAAACAAGACAACCCCGCCGAACCACCCAAACUAUACAUUCGAGAAGUCGGACGUGAUCCCGCCAAGGGAGCUCCUUUUGGUGUACAGCCCUGUGUCAUUCCCGUACCCGCCGAUGCCGCCGCCGAUUUCCCCGUCAGCAUGGCCGUCGACCCCAAGCAUGACAUUGCCUUUCUAUUGACCAAGAUGGGAUACGCCUUCAUGUUUGAUUGCCACACGGGAAAGACCAUUUAUCGGGCCAAGGUCACGGCCGAUACCGUCUUUGUCACGUGUCCUCAAGAUUCUACCGGAGCCAUUUUUGGAAUCACCGUUCGCAAGGGAGCCGUCUUUCGUUUGCAAUUGAACGGACAAGCAUUGGUACCAUACAUUCUCUCCACGCUGCGAGACAAUGAUUUGGCACUCAAGCUCGCUGGUCGACUCAAUUUGCCUGGAUCUGAAAAUCUCAUGGCGGCAGAGUUUGAACGUCUCAUUUCCACCGGACAGGUUGCUGCCGCCGCCAAGGUGGUGGCGGCCAGUGGCAACGCCUUGCGUACACCUGCCACCAUUGCGCGAUUCCAACAAAUUCCCGCCGAACCCGGUCAGGUCCCUCCUCUGCUUCAGUACUUUUCGACAUUGUUGGAAAGUGGACGUCUCAAUGAACAGGAAAGUAUCGAAGUCGCCAAACCCGUCUUGCAACAGCGUCGUUUGCCAUUGAUGGAGAAAUGGCUCAAAGAUGACAAGCUUCAAUGUUCCGAGGCAUUGGGUGACUUGAUUAUGCCGCACGAAACGGGAAUGGCCCUGAGUGUCUACCUUCGAGCGGAAUGUCACGCCAAGGCGAUUCAGUGCUUUGCUCAACGUGGAGAAUACGAAAAGAUUGUCCCCUACUCGGCCAGUGUCGGUUUCAAGAUGGAUUACUCCAACAUGUUGAAUCAGCUCUUGUUCAACAAUCCUCAGGGAGCGCUCGAUCUGGCCAAGGGUCUUGUCAAUGCCGAAGGAGGACCCCUCAUUGACAUUCAAGCUACUGCCGAAGCAUUCCUCAGCAGCAACCGUGUCCAGGAGACCACUGCCUUUUUGUUGGAGGCGCUCAAGGAUAACAAGCCCGAACACGCUUACCUGCAGACCAAAUUGUUGGAGAUCAACUUGAUUGGAGGAGCUCCACAGGUCGCCGAUGCCAUUAUGCAACAGGGCAUUUUGACACACUACGAUCGUCCUCACAUUGCCAAGCUUUGCGAACGAGCGGGUAUGUGGCAACGAGCGGCAGAGCACUACACGGAGAUUGCCGACAUUAAGCGUGUGUUCAAGAACAGCCACCAAAUGAACCCCGAGUUUGUGGUCAGUUUCUUUGGCAAGUUGAACCGCGACCAAAGUAUCUCGCUGCUCAAGGAUAUGAUGACGCGCGGACCACAAAACAUGCAAGUCUGUGUCGAAGUCGCCAAGAAGUACCAUGAGGAACUUGGAUCGGAAUCACUCGUGGAAGUCUUUGAGAGCAACCGCGCCACCGAGGGACUCUACUACUACUUGGGUGCUAUUGUGAACUUUUCGGAGGAUGCCUUUGUGCACUUCAAGUACAUCCAAGCGUCGUGCCAACUGGGACAGUUCAAGGAGGCAGAGCGAGUGUGCCGUGACUCCAACAUUUACGUCCCCGAGGAAGUCAAGACAUAUUUGAAGGGAGCCAAGCUUCCCGAUCCGCGUCCGUUGAUCCAUGUGUGCGAUCGUUUCGACUUUGUGGACGAGUUGACCGAGUACUUGUACCUCAACAGUCUUCUGCAGUACAUUGAGGUCUACGUGACCAAGGUUUCUCCUACCAAGACACCCAUGGUGGUUGGAAAGCUGUUUGACCUUGGCGCCAAUGAAGAUUUCAUCAAGCGCAUCCUCAUGGCUGUCGGAACUGCUUGUCCCGUCGAUGAGUUGGUGGAAAUUGCCGAGACACGCAAUCGUCUCCGUCUGCUUCAACCAUGGCUUGAGGCCCGAGUCGCCACUGGAAGCACUGAACCUGGCACCCACAAUGCUCUCGGAAAGAUCUACAUUACUUUGAACCGUGACCCCAAGUCUUUCUUGCUGAACAACAUGUUUUACGAUCCCAAGGUAUUGGGUCCUUACUGCGAGGCUCUUGAUCCACAAUUGGCAUUCAUCGCCUACAAGAAGGGUGCCGGCGAAUGUGAUGAUCAGUUGAUCCAGAUCAGUCACACACAUGGACUAUACCGAGACCUUGCCAAGUACCUUGUGGAACGUCAGGACAUGGAACUUUGGGCCAAGGUUUUGAACAAGGAGGAGGGAGAAGCUGACGAGAAGGAAGAAAGCAAGCGUCGUCAACUCAUUGAUCAGGUUGUGGAAUGGGCACUGCCAGAGAGUACCUCUGCCGACGAAGUCUCGUGCACUGUCAAGGCUUUCAUGGCCGCUGAUCUUCCUGGCGAACUCAUCAGUCUUCUCGAGCGUAUCAUCCUCCAAGGAUCAGACUUUUCGGAUAACAAGAACCUUCAAAAUCUUCUCAUUCUGACUGCCAUCCGAGCGGAUGCCACCCGUGUUUCCGGAUACAUUGAUCAGCUUGACAACUUUGAUGCCAAGGACAUUGCCCUCAUUUGCGUCUCUGAAAGCCACAUGCUGUACGAGGAGGGUUUCAACAUCUAUGUCAAGUUCUCCAAGCCUGAGUACACAACCGAGAAGGAAGAACAAGUGGAGAUGCAGGUUCUUGCAAUCGGAGUCCUUGUCGAUUUCAUGAAGGAUCUUGAUCGCGCCAAGGGAUACGCGACACAAUGCGACGAGAAGCCUGUGUGGUCCAAGCUUGGUAAAGCUCAGCUCGAUGAGAAAUUCCCAGCAGACGCCAUUGAGAGUUUCAUCAACGCCGAUGAUCCUAGUGAAUACGUCAUGGUCUGCACCGAGGCCAACGCCGCCGAGAUCUGGGCCGAGCUCAUUCCAUUCCUCAAGAUGGCUCGAAAAACCAUGCAAGAAAAUCUCAUCGAUACCGAGCUUAUCUACGCCUUUGCCAAGACCGGCAACCUUACUGAGAUGGAAGUGUUCGUCAACGGACCCAACGUCGCCAACAUUCAAACUAUUGGAGACAGAUGCUUCUCGGAAGGACUCUACCAAGCCGCCAAGAUCUUGUUCAUCAGUAUCAACAACAACUCCAAGUUGGCGCUCUGUCACAUUCACUUGGAAGAGUACCGCGAGGCUGUUGCUGCCGCCACCAAGGCCAACAAUGUUUCGACCUGGAAGGCCGUUUGCUUUGCCUGUCUGCGUGCGGAUGAGUUCCGAUUGGCCGCCACUUGUGGUCUGCAAGUCAUCAAAUAUCCUGACCAUGUUGACGAGGUUGUGAACUACUACUCUGACCUUGGACACUUUGAUCACUUGGUUUCGUUGUUCGAGCAAGGAUUGGGCUUGGAAGAUGCCCACGUAGGUAUCUUUACCGAGUUGGGUGUUCUCUACACCAAGCAUGUUCCCACAAAGGUCAUGGAACACUGCAAGGUCUUCUUCAGCAAGCUCAAUGUUUCCAAGGUUGUUCGCGCCUGCGAACGUGCUCGUCUCUACCCUCCGGCUGUGUACCUCUAUAUGCAAGACAAGCAACAUGACAGUGCCGUCAAGACCAUGAUCGAGCAUGCUUCCGCCUGGGAGAAUGACUUGUUCCUCGACUCCAUUAUCAAGGUCCGAAACGCCGAGCUCAUGUACAAGGCCGUCAAUUACUACCUGACAACGCACCCCAUGCUCUUUACACGAUUAAUGGAGGUGAUGGAAGAGAACAUUGAUCACUCUCGUGUCGUGAGUCAGCUUCGACGAACUGGCGAUUGGGCUCUGCAACUGGGACAAGCCUACAUGAAAUCUGUGCAAAAGAACAACUUGAGUCCGGUCAACGAGGCAUUGAACGAGCUGUAUGUCGAGGAGGAAGACUACGAAGCUCUUCGCAAAUCCGUGGACAGUUUCAACAACUUUAACAUGAUUGCACUGGCAUCCAAGCUUGCCACUCACGAAUUGUUGGAGUUCCGCCGAAUCUCUGCCUAUGUCUACCGCAACAACAAGAAGUGGAACCAAUCGAUUGAACUGUCGAAGAACGAUCGCAUGUGGAAGGAUUGCAUUGAUACCGCGAAUGAGUCUCAAGAUAUCGAGAUUAUUGAGAAUUUGCUUCGAUUCUUUUGCGACGCAUCCGAGAAGGAGUGCUUUGCGGCUUGUCUGUACACGUGCUUUGCUCACAUCAGCCCCGACCUUGCGUUGGAACUUGGCUGGAUCAAUGGGUAUCACAACUUUGUCAUGCCAUUCCUCAUUCAAACGUUCCGCAAGACUCAUGUGCGCCUGAAGGCACUGGAGGAACGCACGGCUCCUCCCAAGGAAGAAGACAACAUGCAGGACAAUGUGGCCAGCACGUACGGAAACUUGGGUGGCUUUGGUGGCGGUGUGUUGAUGUUGGAGAACGGCGGUCCCAGUUUGGGCGGUCCAUCUAUUCCCGGUGGAAUCCCCAUGCCUGGAACUCCCGGCGGAGGAGGUGCCAACAUUGACAUGAGUGGCUUUGGCGUUGGCAAUCCACAGAUGAACGGUGGCAUGGGAGGCGGUAUGCCCGCACCUGGCAUGGGCAUGCCUGGAAUGAUGCCUGGAAUGGGAAUGACGCCGCAGUUUUAAAAAAAGAUGAAAAUGAACGCUAGUGGGUCAAUCAAUCAAUCAAUCAAGCAACCUUUGGAAUUUUCUUUUUGUGGGGAGAACAAUGAUGAGAUUUGUCGUCGAGUCCGAUCCUGAUCCUCCAGAAAAUGAAGUGAAAUGAAAGGUUGUGUCUGCCAACGCUUACCGUGUUUUGCCAAUACUACUAGAAGAGCGAAUUGAAGAAAAACUAUAAUCGUAUUUUGUGUUGCUGUGAUCUACGCCAGCUUUGAGUAGACAUGUUUGUAGAUAGAAUGAUCGCAACAUG